AUGAAGUACACACUCACCCUUGCCACACUCACGGCUCUUGUUGCCGCGCAGACUAUCGCCGAUCUGCCCUCUUGCUCUCUCUCCUGCCUCCUCCAGGGUGUUGCAGGUGUCGGCUGCAGCACCACCGACUUUGCGUGCUCAUGCCAAAAGGCGGCAGCGCUGACCCCUCCCCUCACUACAUGUGUUGCAAGUGCUUGCUCAAGCACAGCCGACCAGGCAAAAGUGUUAGAGGUGUUGAGUGGUCUCUGCUCGAAUGCUGGCUAUCCAAUUGGCGACACGGCUACGAGUGCGGCUCCGGCAUCAUCGACAGCCCCAGUAUCGUCUGCAGCUCCGGUAUCAUCUGCGACUCCAGCAACUUCUAUGACACCUGAACUAUCGUCUGCCGCUCCCCAAUCUACCAGUGGGGUUCUCUCAUCUUUCGACCUUACUCCCUCUCAAACUCCUACCCCCACUUCUGGCGGGGCGUCAUCCUCCAGCGUAGUUCCCUCGGGUUCUAGUGCCUCGUCUGCCCUACCAGAGUACACUGGGGCGGCCGCUGCCGCCAAAGCUCCUGUCGCAAUUGCAGGUGUUGUUGGGCUGGUCGCCUUCGCCUUUUAAGAGAAGUCAGUUGUCACUGGCUAUGGAUGAUAUCACAAAGGAAAGAAGAGAUAGCAGGGAUUGAUCGAAGUAACACUGGCUAGGUUGUUGUGAGUAACCAAAGACCAAAGAAAUCCAAUCGUACGCCCUCUUUUCUAUCGAUGCGCUUCUCUAUCUCCUGCUGGCUCAGUUCUUGUUCAAAUGUUCAAGCAACAUGUCGCCAGUCUCAGCAAUACAGAUGAGCGCAGGUCUAGGUCGUCCUUCGACCGAGAAAGGCCACUUGUCUAGACGCGGACUUUGGAAUCUUAGGCCUGUAGCUCUUGUGCAAUAGCCUCAGCAUUCGAUGUCUC